AGACCUUUCCCGCCAGUCCAACAAAGGUCAUUCCAGUCCUGUCGUUGACUCGGUGGGAAAGUCCAUCUUUGUGUGGCUUUUCAGACGUCUAUUCCUUUUCAGUGAUGGGAUAUCUCUCAAAACUCGUGGUUGAAAACUUCAAGACAUGGCGAGGGAAACAAGUUAUUGGACCAUUCAUGGAGUUUAACUGCAUUAUUGGCCCCAAUGGCUCCGGUAAAUCCAACGUGAUGGACGCCAUAAGCUUUGCAAUGGGGGAGCGGGCGAGCUCUCUGCGGGUGAAGUACCUCAGUGACCUGAUCCAUGGAGCUCACAUCGGGCAGCCGGUGUCAGACAGAACCUGCGUCACCAUGUUCUACCAUCACGACCAGGACCAGGAGAUCAUCUUCUCUCGGGGUUUUUCUGGCGACUCCUCCGAGUAUCUUAUCAAUGGCAACCGAGUUACUCUCAGCCAGUACACAGAGGAGCUUGCCAAGAUCGGCAUCAUCACCAAAGCUCAAAACUGCCUCGUGUUCCAGGGUGCAGUGGAGUCCAUCGCUUUGAAGAACCCCACGGAGCGUGCCAAGCUUUUAGAGCUUAUCAGUCAGUCCAAAGAGUUUGCGGCUGAGUACAACCAGAAGAAGGAGGCCAUGCUGAAGGCCAAGGAGGACACCAAUUUUCAGUUCAACAAGAAGAAAUCAGCAGCUGUCGAGACAAAGCAGAUAUCUAAUGAUAAAUUAGAGGCUAAAAAAUACCAGCACCUGCUCGAUGAUAUUCAACAGAAGCGUGUGCAGCUGAGCCUGGCUGGGCUCUACUAUAAUGAGAAGGCCAUCGAGAGGACUAGCGACACUCUGAGUGUCGAGCAGAGUGCUGUGGCCGCUCAGAACGCUUCUCUGCAGGACCAUGAGCAGACGGUGAAAACCCUCAAGAAGGAGCAUGGACGCCUCUUCAGGGAGCAGCAGCAGAUGGAGAAAGAGAUACGCACCCAGGAGCAUGUCCUGUCCCAGUCUCGUUCUCACUUCAUCAAAGCCAAAGUGAACACCUCCCAUCAUCUCAAAAAGAUAGACGAACUUCAAGCGUCGAUGAAAAAGUGCCAGAAAGCCUUAGCCUGGACGGAGCAGGAACUUGCUGAAGCCCAGCGGGAAAAAGAGGAGUUGGAGAAGACCUGGAGGGUCUAUGAGGAACAAUUUCGGGGGCAAAGAAUGUCCCAUGGCAUGGACGUUGAACUGGAUAAGAGCCAGCGAGAGCGCUACGAAGAACUCAAGGAGCUGUCCAGGAAGCAGAGUGCAGUGCUGGGUCAGCAAGCCGAGAAGCUGCAGAUGGAUGUCAAGGCAGUCUAUGAUCAGAUAGAGUUUGAGCAGCGCAAACGGAAGGAGGUGCAGGCUGGAAUCAAGAACAACAAGACGCAGUUGGAUGAUUUAAGCCACAGAGCGGAGAAGCUCGAGCAGUACAUCAAGGCUUGCAAGUCAUCGCUUGAUGACCUCUGUCACGAGGAGGAGAGCUUGCAGGCACAGUUGCAGCGUGGCAGAGAGCGUACUGCCCAGGUGAAAGAGGAGCUGGGCCAGGUACUGGAGCAACUGGGGGACGCCCGUCUGGAUAGCCAGGAGAGCAAAUGGCAGCGACAGCGCAAAGAGAUCCUGGAAAAGAUGCACAGGCUCUUCCCUGACGCAGUGUACGGCCGCCUGUGUGACUUGUGCAGCCCCAUCCACAAGAGGUAUCAGCUCGCCGUCACCAAGGUGUGCGGCCGCUUCUUGAAGGCCAUCGUGGUGUCGACAGAGAAGGCGGCUCAGGCCUGCAUCAACUUCCUCAAGGAGGAGCGGGCCGAGCCUGAGAUCUUCCUGCCCAUCGACUAUUUGGAUGUGAGUCCCCUGAAUGAACGAUUGAGGGAGAUACCGGGCGCCAGGUUGGUGGUGGACGUUGUGCUCAUCAAUAUGUCCACAAACGUGCCACACCUGAAGAGCGUGGUGCAAUUUGUGUGUGGCAACACGCUGGUGUGUGAAACCAUUAAAGAGGCCAAGAGCGUUGCCUUUGAUGGGGAGCACCGCCUUAAGACCGUAUCUCUGGACGGGACCCUGUUUUCAAAGUCUGGUAUAAUCUCCGGAGGCUCCAGUGAACUGCGCACCAAAGCUCGCUGCUGGAAUGACAAGGAUGUCCUCAGGCUGAAGACUAAAAAAGACCAGCUGGCUGAUGAGCUACAGGAACUAAUGAGGUUCAGGCGGAAGGAGUCGGACCUGAAACUGAUUAUUGCACAGGCUCAGGGUGCCCAGACCCGCAUGAAGUAUUCAAAAAAUGAUCUGGAUAACCUUGGGAAGAAAAGCAUCCCUAAAUGCCUCGGGGACAUUUCCCGUAAUGAGAGUGAACUGGCAAACUUGGAUGUCCAGAUCCAAAUGCAGCUGGAAAGUGUGCAGGCAAAGGAAGCUGCCUUGAAGAACCUUAAAGGCCAGAUUGAACAGACAGAGGCAAUGGUCUUUUCUGACUUCUGUGCUGAGAUCGGUGUGGACAACAUCAGAGUGUUUGAGCAGGAGCAGCUGAAAUAUCAGGAAGAGCAUGACAGGAAGUGUUUGCAGUUUGAGAGCCAGUGCAAUCGUUUGAAAGCCAAGCUGGAGUAUGAACAAAGUCAACUAGAGAAGCAGAAGAUGAAGCUCAGUGAAAUGCAGUCCUCCAUCGACCAGGAAGAAAGCAACAUGGCCAAGAAGAGAAAGGAGGAGGAAAAGCUGCUGGUGGCCGUUGAAAAAAAUGACAACAAACUGCAGGAGAUGAAGAACCAGCUGCUGGCAAACAAGAGGCAGGUAGCGUCUGCCAAAAAGGAGCUGGAUGAGAAAAUCCUUCUGCUCAAAGAGAUUAACAGAGAGUUGGUGAAACUUCAGCGGGAGGUGAUGAGUGCCGAGAGCAUCCUGGAACAGAAACGUUUAGUCCGACACAACUUGCUACUGGCCUGCAAGAUCGAGGGCCUGCCAAUCAAUUUGCUGUCAGGUGACCUGAAUGACAUCAGCCAAAUGGAGCUGGAUGAAGGGUCUCAAAGUCCUUCGACCACAAUGCACAUCUUUGAGAGGGAGGCCCAGCUUGUUAUCGACUACUCUUGCCUGGAAGCUGAGAACAGGAAUGUGCCUGCAGAGGAGUACGACAACUAUCUCGAGGGGCUGAAGGAGUCUCUUCACGCCGCAGAGGAACAGCUAAAACGCACAGCCACGCCCAACUUGAAAGCUGAGGAAAAGUUGAGGGAGGUGAAGGACAAGCUACAAGACGUGACAGAUGCCUUCAGAGCCAGCACGAUUGCCACCAGGAAGUGCCAACAAGAGUUUGAAGAAGUCAAAGCGAAGCGCUUCCGUCUCUUCAGCCAGUGCUUCGAUCACGUGUCCGCCGUCAUUGACGGCAUCUACAAGAGAAUAUGCUGCAACAAGAGCGCCCAGGCCACUCUGUCUGCCGACAAUCCGGAAGAGCCAUAUCUCGGUGGCAUUAACUACAGCUGCGUGGCUCCCGGGAAGCGCUUCAUGUCCAUGGAAAAUCUAUCAGGCGGGGAGAAGGCCAUCGCCUCUCUGGCUUUGGUGUUUGCUAUCUACAGUUACUGUCCAGCUCCCUUUUUGAUUUUGGACGAGGUGGACGCUGCCCUUGACAACUCCAACAUCGGGAAGGUGACUAACUUCCUGCGGGAGGAAUCCAGAAAGAAAAUGCAGGUCAUCGUCAUCUCCCUGAAGGAUGAUUUUUUCUCCAAGGCUGACACCCUGUUGGGCAUUUACCCGAAUUUUGAUGGCUGUAUGUUUAGUCAUAUCCUGACGUUGGACCUGCGUGCGUUCCCUAUUCUGGAGGACGACAAUGGAACACCUACGAGGACCAGGGCCAGGGAGAACAGCUUGCAAAAUAGCUCUACAUCACAUUCAUUGGUUUCACUGUUUCAUUGAAGUGUUUUUCGCUGAAAAAGAAAGUUCCUCCUCCGUUAGAUUUCCUUGCAAGUUUGGUGUUUAACUGUCCCUGUUUUAGAAACAGAAGGGUUUCAUAUUCCAAAUGUGUUCUCUAGGAAAUGUGUGUUAAUGUGCUGCGAGCUUCAGUGUGUUUUAAUGACUUCAGUCUACUUGAGCUAUUGGUACUUAAAAUUAACGAAUUCACCUGUUUGAAAAAAUUCGCCCGUUUCCACUGUGUGUUUUAGCUUCAGUUGGCCUCACGGGGGCGUAAGCGGCCUUCUCAGCCGGUUGACCACUUAACACAAAAAGGUCUCAGAUCUUUGUAACGUUGUGCAGUUUGUACCCAGUGCUAAUUAUUACGUUUCUGUUCCUUUACAGUCAAUAAAUAAUUUGUUUAACCACUA